ACAUUUAUUUUCUUCCGCCACUGCUCGGAACAUUAUUUCCUUAGAGCUGAAAAAUUGCACCAUGUCGUGAUAACCGUUCAUAUUUGCACCAGGCUGAAAUCGAAAAAUAUGACGGCUAUUUUAAAUAAGCUUCACAUCUCGUAUGUUUUAUUAUUUGUGUUAUGUCUUUCGGAUGUUUUAAGGCUUUCGGCUGUGAUCGCACAAGAAAAUCAUGAGUCACUGGAGCUCAGUCUGUCAGAAGAUGCAGUAUCCGACUUGGAGAACAGCCCUAAGUUUGUGGAGUCAGAAGAACCGGACUCUCUGCCAAAGAGGCAGUUCAAGACAGCUGAGAUCGCAGAUGCAUUGAUGGGGACCGAGACCCCCAUCGAUCGAUCUGACAUCGAGUCCCUUUUCCCCAAAAAUGUGAUAGACUUACAGUCAGGCUUCUUCCCGCCUUGUGAUGAGGACAGUGCCCAGUGUAGUUCCCCUGAGCUGGCUGCUGCAGGCGAGUCACUGGAGGAGAGGAGCGACGAAUCCUCACAGCAGAUUACUCUUGACAUAGUGCGUGCGGACACAACGCCAACCGAGGAGCAGAACACCACAGAGACCGCCAAGACAUACAAGGUGACCUGCGAUAAGAGGAACACCACAGGAAUGGACAACUUCAGUGUGCAGGUCCUCAACGCUUCACAGGACCUGAUGGACUUCCUGAAUGCUAACGGCACAGAGUGCUCCGUGGUGCUCUUCUUCACCGCCUGGUGCCAGUUCUCUGCCGGGCUGGCACCUCAUUUCAACGCCCUGCCCCGGGCUUUUCCCAGCAUGCAUUUCCUGGCACUGGAUGCCUCGCAGCACAGCAGCCUUUCCACCAGAUUUGGGACCGUGGCAGUGCCCAACAUCCUGCUGUUCCAGGGGGCCAAACCCAUGGCCCGCUUCAACCACACGGACCGAACGCUGGAGACGCUCACCUCCUUCAUCGCUAACCAGACAGGGUUUGAAAUCGGCUCUGACAAAAACGUGACGGAUACAGACCGCCUCGGCCCACUCCCCAGCGUCCCGGUGAAGAGCAUCGACUGGCUGCUGGUCUUCUCUGUCCUCUUCAUCACAGGCUUCACUACGUACGCCAUCCUGCGGACGGACAGCAUCCGCUGGCUCAUACCGGGACAGGAGCACGAGCAUCAGGACUGAAAACACAGACAGACUUCAAGUCACUCUGUGCAAACAACUUAGUUCUUUUUUUAGAAUUAACAGUUGCUAAUUUGCUUAUGUUUCAAGUGUGUGAGCAAUUGUGAUUUAUAAUAAAUAAUGUAUUGAUUUGCAGCUGUUAACCAUU